UCCUGCUGCAGCAGAUAUAAUAGAGCAUCCCUCCUCCUCCUCUCGCUGAAGCUCACCCUUCUCCUGUAUACUCCAAUUUUCCUAAUUUCUCUUUCUUUUUCCCACCUCCUGCAGAGAAGGCAAACCAGAGGAGGAGGGGGUUGGACACAGAGGCCACUACAUAGACCCUCCAAUUGUAGGAGCUUCAAUCAAGGGGGGAGCAAGGUUGAGCCGGGGGAUAUCCCAAUUUGCUACCUAGAUUAGACUCCGUCUCCCUCCUCACCGUGGCUUGCAGAAGCAAUGACAAAUAUACAGAUGGAGGCAUAGACAACGAAAUGUAGAAUAUAUAGGAUGAAGAGAAAGACACCAUAUUUUUGGAUUUGAAUUCUGGAUCCCCGUUUCUGGAUUGAUGCUACAGAGAAGAGAGAACUUUAACCUUUUCCCCUCCUUUCAAUUAAUUUCCUCCCUCCCGCCUUCAUAUUUUUUGGAGGAAAAUCAUCUAUCAACGCUUUUAUUUCAUACAGGAAGAAUCCCCCUUCAUAACUUGAGAUUUGGAUCUUUUAUUUUUUAUUGAGUGGGGGUGCAGGUAUUUAAGACCUCCCCCAUCCCCCAUCCCUCUCCCCUAAAUCCACGACCCCUUUUCCCCCUCCAUGGUCCAGGUGGAAAUGUUGAGUCUGGGGAGAGAGAGCUGGAUUGGAGCAAUUCUCUCAUCUUUGGCAACCCUUCUGCUAGUCUGCUAUGCACAAAGCCCAUCUUCUGGAAAUAUAUCAGUGGUAAAGAAAACAGUGGAUAAGUUAUUGAAAGGAUAUGACAUCCGUCUGCGGCCAGACUUUGGUGGACCUCCAGUUACCGUGGGAAUGAGUAUACAUAUCUCAAGCAUAGACCAGAUAUCUGAAGUAAACAUGGACUACACAAUAACUAUGUAUUUCCAGCAGAGUUGGAGAGAUAAGCGCUUGGCAUACACUGCUCUCCCUCUCAAUCUUACAUUGGACAAUCGUGUGGCUGAUCAGCUCUGGCUUCCAGAUACCUACUUCCUAAAUGAUAAAAAAUCUUUUCUGCAUGGAGUGACUGUCAAGAACCGAAUGAUCCGAUUGCAUCCAGAUGGCACUGUCCUAUAUGGGCUGAGAAUUACAACUACAGCUGCAUGCAUGAUGGAUCUACGCAGAUACCCACUGGACCAGCAGAAUUGUACCCUGGAGAUAGAGAGCUAUGGAUACACAACAGAUGACAUUGAGUUCUUCUGGCAGGGAGGAGAGGAAGUUGCUGUAACAGGAGUGUCUGCAUUGGAACUGCCCCAAUUUACAAUCAUUGAAACCAGAUUGGUAACAAAGAAAGUAGUAUUUACCACAGGUUCCUAUCCUCGCCUGUCACUGAGUUUCCGAAUCAAGAGAAACAUUGGAUAUUUUAUUCUUCAGACUUACAUGCCAUCUAUUUUGAUCACUAUUUUAUCCUGGGUUUCUUUCUGGAUCAACUAUGAUGCAUCAGCUGCACGAGUAGCACUAGGAGUGACAACUGUGCUUACUAUGACAACCAUUAACACCCAUCUGCGGGAAACACUUCCCAAGAUCCCAUAUGUAAAGGCCAUUGAUGUUUAUUUGAUGGGAUGCUUCGUUUUUGUGUUCUUGGCUUUGUUGGAAUAUGCCUUUGUUAACUAUGUAUUCUUUGGGCGUGGCCCACAACAACAGAAAAAGCUUAACGAGCGGACAAACAAAGCAAAUAACGAACGGCAUCGUUAUGAAGAGAGGAGGGUAAGAGAGCAAGUUGAUCCUUAUGGAAACAUUCUUCUGAGCACUCUUGAUAUGAGUAGUGAAUUGAUGUCGGCCGACAUGGGAAGUAGUAUUGGUGACUCCCGGAACUCCGUCCUGUCGUAUGAUACCUCAGGGAUUCAGUUCCGCAAGCAGCUGACCUCCAGGGGGGACAAUUUUGGCCACACGCCCCUUGAGCGCCAUGUGCCCUUAACUGGCACACGUGGACGUACCAAUUGCCGAUUGCGGCGACGUUCCUCUAAGUUAAAGCUGAAAAUUCCAGACCUAACAGAUGUCAGCACCAUUGACAAAUGGUCCAGGAUCAUUUUCCCUAUUACGUUUGGAUUUUUUAACCUGGUUUACUGGAUGUAUUAUGUCAACUGAGGCAUAUUCAUUGCCCCUACUCCCACCCAGAGAUGCACAUCCCUUUUUCUGCCACAGGACACAAGCUUCACUGGAGCCUCAUUACCUCCUGCGAUAUGGUUUGAUUUUUGGGCAGGGGAGAGAAGCAU